GUACAUGCAUUUGGUUGGCAGACUCAUGUAUCUUGUUGUCACUUGCCCAGACUUGUCUUAUUCGCUUCAUGUUUUAUUUCAGUUUAUGGACAACCCUUUCAGCCUUGUUACGAUACCGCUCUUCGAGUUGUACCACUCGAACAAUAUCAUUAGUUUCCACUUAUUACUGGUCCUCCACUUUCCGAUCCAGAAAAGUAUGGGCAUUUGGUUGUCAGACUCAUUUAUCUUGUCGUCACUCAUCCGAACUUGUCUUAUUGAGUUCAUGUUUUAUCUUA